AUGACACCGUCGACGUCGAGACAGAGCGCCGCGAGCGCCUUGGCGGAAGCGCGAGCGCGGGCGAAGAUCGUUCUCGAACACAUCGAAAAAGCGGACGCCGACGCCGACGACGUCGAUGUGGACGCCUCAGAGCGCGGUGUCGACGACGAGGACGACGCGAGGGUGAGCGGUCAAACGUCGACGAAGCGCAGACGAGCGGACGGGGCGAGUGGACGGGCGAUCGAGGAAGAAUCGCAAGCCAAGAGAGCGCGCGCGCAGAGCGGCGCGAGCGCGCGCGCGAGCGGAGAGGCGAAUGGGGUACGCGAACAGGAUCUAGCGACGAUGUUGCACGGGGUGAUGUCGGUGAAUGAACGCGCGGAGGCGAUCAACGCGCUGUUGAGCGAGCGGAAGAUUGAAAUUUUCAAGCGCGGGGACUCGUUGGUGUACGCGCGCGUGCGAGAGGAGCGUGCGGCGAAAUUUAAGGGUUUGAGCACGGAGGACAUGCUGGUGUAUCAGAUCAUUCAACACGCCGGGAACGCGGGGAUGUGGACGAAGGAAUUGAAGCAGCGCUCGAAUCUUCCAGUACCGCAGAUCACGAAGAUCUUUAAGACGCUCGAGGCAAGGAAGUUGAUCAAGGCGGUGAAGCACGUGACGCAGCAAAACCGAAAGGUGUACAUGCUGUACGAGCUCGAGCCGAGUCGGGAGAUCACCGGGGGCGCGUGGUACACCGAAGGUACACACGAUGAUGAAUUCAUCAACGUCCUGCGCGAGCAGUGCGUGAAGUUCAUCUACUCUCGAGAUCGAGUGACCCUGAGCGAGGUGAGCGAGUUCGUGCGCUCGAGUAAGCUGAGUCACGUCGAGCUUGGCACCGACGAGGUACUGCAGAUAGUGAACACACUCGUGUUCGACGGCAAAGUGGACGAAAAUGAGGACGAAUCGCAAGAUGAUGGCAUGACGGUCGCAGACGAGGAUUUCAAGGCUGUGAAGUACUACUCCAGAGCCGCGCUGCCAGUGCCAGAUUCCAAUCCCUACACUGACAUCCCAUGCGGCGUGUGCCCGGUGAUCAACGAAUGCCGCCCUGAUGGCCUGAUCAAUCCCAUAGACUGCGAAUACAUGACAGCUUGGUUGAACUUUUAG